CCCUUCCUUUUGAAUGUCCGUCUGUUUUGUAAACGAUCGAGUCACAAAGCUAAAGUUAAACGGUUUUAUUGAUGAAGACUGCUGUCAACAUUGGCAAGUAAUUUAUCGUACGACAACAACAUCCUAGCAGCAUUCAGAUAUGACACCUAAGCGUGGCCUCAUAACCGACACCUUCAAGGUUGUGAAGAAGGCAAGGAGAGGGGGCAAGAGAGACAAGUCUCCUUCACCGCCGAUAGCAGAGCCUGAGCCGCCACAACUGAGUGAAAGAGAAAAAGAUCUAGAAGAACUGAAGAAGUUUGAUCUGGACUGGAAAUUCGGACCAUGCACAGGGAUCAGUCGACUGCAGAGAUGGGAGAGAGCAGCACUGCAUGGGCUGAAUCCCCCGCAGGAGAUUAAAGACAUUUUACUGAAGGAGAGCACUGACCCAGAGUACACACAGAGUCUCUGGCGUGACUAUCCCCUCUGAAAAACUGAUGGAGAAAAGACA